AUGCAGUUCAAACAAAGCGCACUUGUCAUUCUAGCGGGACUUCUCUCCCUCACGUUCGCUUGCGAUGACGCACAAGGAAACAAGGGAGUGUGCAAACCACCCAACUUUUGUUGCGCAGCGGAUGGCUUCCAGUGUGUUUUCAGGGAGGAAUGCAAGAGCUAG